AUAAAUAUUUGGUAGGAGCUGUGGGUUUAUUUUUCCCUCCUCCCCCCCCGUUUUGAAGAAUGUUGGCCAAAGUGCAUCAGGACGAAACCAUCUUUAUCUAAAAAACAAAAAAAUGUAGCAGGAAUUCAUGCUCUGUGCAUUGCAACUCGGCUGCUGCACUGGAACCAGCCGACAAAACGACGCUUCACUUCACACGACCUUCUGAGGUUGAGGCUGCACUUAAACGUACAGAGAGAUGGGUUCAGGCAAUAACGGAUUGCACUGCUUUUUUCUAAACUCACGAUGCCCAAAUGGCAGCGAAGUGUACGUCGCACGGAGCAUUUUAAGAAUUGGCAAAAAUGGGGUGGGGUGGGGUGGGGGUGUCUUGAAGGAUUAGGAAAAAAAACUAUAGCGGGCUGCUUGUUUAAAAACAGAAAAAACAAACUGGACACCUCAGACUGCUGAAGUUAUGGCUUAUUUCUCUGCCCUUUAUUGGUAAAAAAGUUUUGAGUUUGGGUAAUGGUUGCAAUUCGGGGGUUUCAUGCAACAGGAUUUCAAUCUUGCGUGAAGGUUUCAGUUCAUGCGGAGCCUUUUUGCAAACAUUUCCCUUUUGUGGUGAGAUGCUCCUUUGACUCCAACCAGUGAGUUUUGCACAUUUAAGUUCAGCUCUUUUUAAGAUUAACGUGACCGUAGUCAUUGAAUUCUUCUGGUUUUGGAGUACGAUCCCUUUUCUCUCAGCUCUUACGUCCCCGUGUCAUCCUGCACGUCUGAUUUGGCUCAUUUGGCUUUGUUUUUUUUUUUUUUUUUUUUUUUCAGGGGGGGUGGGUGGGUCUGCGUUUGUUCAAACCCCUAAAUCGUGCAUCGUAAUGAGUGAACAGGGAUCUGACUGUGCAGGCGUCUGGCAGCUGCCUGUUUCCUCGUCAGCCCGCAGGCGGUAAUUAAGCCAUUCAGAAAACAAGAACCGGAGCCGGCCCUUCGGGGAUGCUGCUUUACCGCCAGCGGCUGCCGCGGUGAGAACCUUAAAGACUGAAACGAGAGCAUCUUGCCUCCCAUUGGCCAUUCCUGGAAGUAAAAUGGUCUCAUUCUUUAAGGUCUUUUUUAAAUUUGCGGGGGGUUAAAUUGGCGCCGUCGCUGCCCUGAUGCAGCUGCUCAUCCCAUCCUCAAACGCAACCAACACAGAUUUUGUGUCGAAUCGGGCUGAAUCGCAUCUAAAUGUCCGGAAGGAAGUGGAAGCGAAAUGCCGAACAGCUGCAUCAGUUAAACAACAGGGGUGGAGCCUUCGGGUUUACAGAAACAAGAUCACAUGAUCUAAAGAUCCAAAGUUACGGUUAUGGGUAUAAAACAUGUUUGGAAAGGAUGCCCUUAGAUUUGGAUUGUCUUUUUUUUGUUCUGUUUUUUUCCAAAUGUUCAAGUGGAGUUUGAAAGUCUCCAAAUUUAAGUGAAGAAUUUAAAGCCUGAGUUCUUAUUUUUUAUUUGAUGGAAAUUUGGUCGAUUUAAUUGGCAGAUUUUUUUUCAGUGGAGCUAAUUUUACAAUAGACUUAAGUUUACAGAAUGUCAUUGGAUACAAUUGAAACGUUUGGUUGAAAAUAAUAAAGCUCACUGAAAUUUCCUGUUGGCAGUGUUGUGGUGCUUUUGUGUCCCCUGCAUGCACAGCUGUUCUUCAGCCCAGUCACAGCCAGGUGGCAGUACGGAGCCGCCUUCGGUCCAGGCCUGAUCCGGUUUCCUGUAAACUAUGACCUGGAGACGCUGCCCAGACUGUUCAGUUCUGAGGUUCCAGACCAGGAUGCAGGACGUCGGGGUGUUUAGUCUGUCUUUAACACUUCUACUCACAUGUGUAAACUCUGCUGUUCCACCGCCGUGUGACAGUGAAAUUUACUGCAGCGGGCCCGUCUUACAUCAGGUCCAAACAGCGAAACUGUUCGAUGAUGACAAGUACUUUGUUGACAUGAAGCUGAAGGCACAUCCUGAUGUGGUUUUAUCAGCCUUCCACAACCUUUCCAGUCAAUCACCAAACAUGACCGUCUCGUCUGAAAACCUGCGACACUUCCUCAGUCUGUACUUUGACAAACCAGGGACAGAGUUCGAGCCGUGGACGCCACCGGACUGGCAUGACAAACCACAAUUUUUGGGAAAAAUCAAAGACCAACAACUCCAAACCUGGGCUGAAAAGAUCCAUCAUCUGUGGAAGUUACUGGGCAAAAAGAUUGGUGCCGGUGUUAAAGAUCACCCGGAGCUCUACUCGCAGAUAUACACUCCACAUCCUGUCAUCGUGCCUGGGGGGCGCUUCAGGGAGCUCUACUAUUGGGACUCCUACUGGGUCAUCAACGGGCUCCUGCUGUCGGAGAUGACAGACACAGCCCAUGGGAUGAUCCAAAACUUCCUCCACCUCGUCAACAGAUAUGGCUUUGUUCCAAAUGGUGGGCGGAUUUACUAUGAAAGGCGCAGCCAGCCUCCAUUCCUCAGCCUAAUGGUGGAGAGCUACUAUCAAGCAACCAAGGAUAAAGACUUCCUCAGAGCAGCUUUACCUGCUCUGCAGCGUGAAUACCAGUUCUGGAUGCAGAACCGCUCAGUGGUUUUGAGGGUAAAUGGGACAGAGCAUGUACUGAACAACUUUGACGUGCAGGUGGGGUUACCCAGGCCUGAGUCGUACACAGAUGAUCUGGAAUUAGCUGAAGGACUUACUGAUGGUUCUAAGGAGCAGUUGUGGAUGGAUCUGAAGGCCGGUGCAGAGUCUGGCUGGGACUUCUCAUCCCGUUGGUUCAUAAACAGUGACGGCCACAACAGCGGCGUCCUCAGAGACACCCGAACCAGCCAAAUCCUGCCCGCUGACCUCAACGCCCUGCUGUGCCGCAACGAGAAAACGCUCGCUUCAUUUCACCGCAUCCUGGGUGAUGGUGACUCAGCUGCACUGUACGACCAGGCUGCCGAGCGCAGACUGGAGGCGAUGGAGGCGAUGCUGUGGGACGCUGAGAGGGGGGCCUGGUUCGACUACAGCCUGAUGACGCACUCCAAACACUUGGAAUUUUACCCCUCCAACCUGGCACCUGUUUGGGCAGCGUGUUAUUCUCAGCCUGAGAUGGCAGAGAAGGCAGUGCAGUAUCUAAAGGGGAGUGGUGCCCUCCAGUUCCCAAAUGGAGUUCCGACGUCCCUCCAUCAGUCUGGGCAGCAGUGGGACUACCCCAAUGCUUGGCCCCCAUUACAGCACAUGCUCAUUGAAGGUUUAUCCAAACUGCCUUCAGAAGACGCUCAAAACCUGGCAUUUGAUUUGGCCCAGAGGUGGAUCCGGACCAACUGGCUGACCUACAUGAAGUACGAGGCCAUGUUUGAGAAGUACGAUGUGAACGGAGAUGGCAAACCCGGCGGAGGAGGGGAGUAUGAAGUUCAGCUGGGUUUCGGUUGGACCAACGGCGUGGCCCUGCAGCUCCUGGACCAGUACGGGUCCACUCUCACCUCAGCUAGCGGACAUGUGUCUUCUGGACUCCUGCUGCCUCUGGUCUUCUCAGUUCCCAUCAUGCUCCAGUGAAUCCGAGGUGACAGCGGAGUCUACCCGAGGGUGGGAGUUUCCUUUUCCAGGUUUCGCUGCACUACAUCACUCCUGUUCACUGACACUUCAGACAAACGCAGGCAGGAAAAUGUCUUCUAACGCGGCCUGACAGCUUUUCUACUGCAUAUACGAUCAGGACGACGUCUACGCUCAGAAGGAAUCGAUUAGAAUUAAGAAUCGCUUUGGCUGAUAUUUUAAUAUUUAGCUGCUGAGGUCGAUGAUCUCUGGGAAAAAACAGAAAAUAUGAUUAUGUAAGCAAAUGAUCAGGCUUGAAUUACAGCAGUAAUCUACAAAAAAACAGCUAUCGAUCUCAUGAUGAAUUCAAAUAUCAGGAGCUGAGUCUUUGUACCUUCACGACAGCUGAGGUUGAAAUUUUUGUCAUUUGCUUAUUUUGCACAGGAUUGUGUUGAAAUAUGUGCUGAACAUCCAGAAAAUCCUAAGAAUCUCAGCCAAAUGUUUUCAUGUAAAUACUUGCUGCUGAAAUCAAAUAAAUAAAAAAUACACUAAUUAUUUGU